AUGAACCGCUGGUGUGUGAGCCGGGAAGACUUGAAGCAGUUCCAGCGCUUGGUAUGGCGUGCAGUGCAAGAUGGAUACAUCCUGCCUCAAGAAAGGGAUCUCUUUGACCCCACAGACUGCACCGUCGGGCCUUCCAUGUAUACUGUCGUGGAGCAGUAUAUCAAGCCAAUGACACAAGCGGCUGGAAAUGUGAGCUGGGCUUUACUUGCGCAUCCGGAAGGUUUGCAGUGCGAUCUUUUCAUCACACACUGCUGGGCAGAAGGCAUCUUCGAGUUUGUGGAGAAAGCUACGCGUUCAUGGCCCCAUGGGGCAAAGGCGGCCUACAUUUGCUUCUUGUCCAAUCCUCAAAAUUUGGAUGUAUCCCACCUCAUCCAGGAUCCGGCAGAAUCCCCCUUCGCAAAGGCUUUGGAAGCAGCCAAGCACGUGCUCGCCAUUCCGAAUUCCAAGGUCAGCAUCUAUACCCGGAUUUGGUGUGUCUAUGAGGCCUUUUUGGCACACACUCAGGGCAAGUUCAUCCUUACUGCAAAGACUGUGAAACACGCCUUUUGGCUGCAAGUGCUUCGCGUAUCUUUCGUCUAUUUGGCAAGUGUUACUGCAAGCACGUGGAUGGGUUCGCUGGUGUCUCAGGAGUUGACCGAACAGUUUGUGUUGCCACCUUUGAUCCUGACAGUGCUGUUUGGUAUAGCGCACCUCUUUCUUUGCAAUCACUACUCCCGAUUCCCAUGCAUCACUCGUUGCGUCGUCUAUUUGAUCGCAAUUUCCUGCGGAGUGGUUUUGGGGCUCAGAUUGAACACUCCCUCAGAGAUCGAGCUGCUGGCGGCCGUCUUCUUGUUUUUCUGUACCGGUGCCUUAGAAGCAGACCGCUUGGAAGGGAAGGAGGGUGCUCAACAGGCAGCCAAUCUCCGGAAUAAUUUCACAGGGCACCUGGCAGAUGCUGAAUGCUCCGAUGACGCGGAUAAGCGGCGCAUUUGCGCUGAGCUUACGAACAGUGGACAGGAGGAAGCGGUUGAGGAGGCGGUGGCAGUGCUGAUGCACAUGAACAUCUCAACUCCCGAGCUGCGCAGCACCAUGUUGCGCACAGGGACAUUGGGUGACGCCACCUCCCUGAGUGGGAGCUUUAUGAUUCUGGGAAUGUCCUUAUUCUUCCUUCAGCCCUGUGCAGUUUGCAUAGACUGGUAUUUGUUGGUCAAUAUUUUUCAGAUACAUUGGCUAUGCAUCAUGCUUGCCUUGGGAAUCCUAGAGUUCCUGUUUUUGUCACUUCUGUUGCUUUGCUAUGCCAUUUGGUGUCCCGAUCGCUGGACCUUUGCCGUUCGAUCUCAAGCAAUGUGGUUCUUGAUACUGCCGGCAGAGGCAAUGACUAGUACUUUGCAUCCAGAGAUCAUUGCCAAUGUCGUUGCUGUGAGUAUUUUCAUCCUCGGACCUUGCAUUUUGAUCUUGGCGAUUCUCGGUCCAGCGCGUAUGUCUCGCGUCCCCAUCUUCGGUGCCGCACUGGUUCGGCUCAUCUAUGGACGCGCUCCAUGGAAGACACCAUGUGCCAAGUGUACCAAGCCUUCUGGCACAAGUCCGAGAAGGCAAUGA